GUCAGUGUCGUCAGUGUGGUACUAUAUUUAGUGAUCCAUGCCAUGUUUUGUUGUGUAAUGUUACUGUAUGAGUAUGACAGCGGUAUUGUUAUAUUUAUGAAACAAUAUAUAUUUCUUAUAUUCGGUGAUAUGGAUAAUGAUGUCUUGUGAUGUGAUAAUACAGUAUAGUAUGAGGGAGGAUAACGUGUACUGUGUAAGAGCGUAUGUUUUUAAUUAGUGAAGGAGUCAAUUCUGUGCCCUCUAAGCGUUUUCAAAGAAUUUUAAUAUGUCCUAUGUGUGUAGCAGAUUCCUCGUGCUGGAAGAAGUAUGUUCAUAAAAAUGAGGUGAUUAAAAUGCAAAGUAUUUUGCCCAUCAGCUUGGCAGCAUUGCCAUGCAGUUUUGUUCCUUAGUUAUUUCAGGUGCUGGAUAUGACAUUCGUUAACUGUGUUCUAUUUGUGAAGCUGGUCGUAGCAGAGGUCUGUCAGUUAAACAUGCAAUGAGAGUGAAGUGUGUGUACGUGUUGGCGGUCAGACAUGGUUCUGAUCCUGUGGUACCUACUCUGGAGCACAACAGUAACAAAGCAUUUAUUGGCUCAGACAGGUGAGACAGGACAGCUGCCCCCACCUGGCUACUGUGCACCUUACAAUGGAAAGAUCUGCAAACACUAUCUCAAUGGAACAGGCCAAGUUUGGUUCAACAUUUCGCAUGACAAUGCUGGUGGCUGGCUGAAUGAACAAAUCACAACCAGACUUUGGGCAGAGAUGGUGGCUGGGUUGAAAGAGCCUUGUCGCAGUGCUGCUGAGAAACUUCUGUGUACUUAUGCAUUUCCACAAUGCCAGCUGCGAAAUGGACAUGCAGUGGGACUGCCUCUGUGUGCAGAAGACUGCGUGGCUGUGCGACAGCUAUUCUGCUACAAUGAUUGGGCCCUUAUUGAAGAUAACAAGCAACGUGGCAUUUUCUUCAAGUCACGUGGUCACUUUCAGCUUCCAGACUGUGAGUCUCUCCCAAGCUUCCGAGGUACCAGCCCCCCUGCCUGUUCUCAUGCCAAAUUGACAGAGAUGAAGAUGGAGGAGGUCACGUAUGACUGUGUGAAAGGGAGAGGUCGUUUCUACCAAGGAACAAUGAACAGAACUAAGCAAGGGUUACCGUGUCAGCACUGGGACUCUCAGGUACCACACUCACACUACCGCCCUCCAGAUGUUUUCCCUGAGGUGCAGAAUGCAGAAAACUACUGUCGUAAUGCAGGGGGAGAGGAACCUUCUCCUUGGUGUUACACCAUGGAUCCCACAGUAAGAUGGCAACGUUGUGACAUCCCCGUUUGUGAAAAUGUGACAGACUCAGAUGAUGAGAACAUUGGAGUGAAAGACCUAGCAAUGGAGACAUUUUUCACUCCAAAGUUCAUUCUGAUCUUGUCAGCAGUGGGUCUUACUGGUCUUGUAAUGAUACUUCUGCUCUUCCUUCUUUGCCAUCGCCUGUAUAAACAUCGAAGGGGAUAUAACCCUACUGCAACAAGAGAGGAAGUGAACAUUGACUUGGACAAACUGCCAAACAAUAUGGCUUAUCACAGAACUGGAGCACAAUUAAAUCCAAAAUUAGAGAAACUGGAGUUUCCAAGAAAUGAUAUAAUCUAUAUCCGUGACCUUGGUCAAGGAGCUUUUGGGCGUGUUUUUCAAGCAAAGGCACCAGGUCUUGUGAAGGGGGAGGAAUUCACUCUGGUGGCAGUGAAGAUGCUUAAGGAUGAAACUUCAGAAGAUCUGCAGGUGGAUUUUGAGAGAGAGGCUUGUUUACUGGCAGAAUUUGACCAUCCAAACAUUGUGAAACUAUUGGGAGUGUGUGCAAUUGGGCGACCCAUGUGCUUGCUGUUUGAAUACAUGGGUCGCGGUGACCUCAAUGAGUUCCUGCGCUCUUGUUCACCCAGUAACUAUAUUGUGCGCAGUUCUGAAGGAGAUGGUGAAAUGUUCAAAGAUGUGCAAUUAACUCAUGUGGAUCUGGUGAAUGUGGCACGGCAGGUGGCUGCUGGCAUGGUGUAUCUCUCGGACCGUAAAUUUGUGCACCGAGAUCUGGCUACCCGGAACUGCCUCAUUGAUGAUGACAUGGUAGUGAAAAUUGCUGACUUUGGACUGUCACAAAAGAUCUACUUGCAGGACUACUACAAAGGAGAUGAGCAUGAUGCUAUCCCUGUGCGCUGGAUGCCUCUUGAAAGCAUCUUGUAUAACAAAUACACUGUAGAAUCAGAUGUGUGGGCUUUUGGCGUAUGUCUGUGGGAGAUCUUCUCCUUUGCUCUGCAGCCCUACUAUGGCAUGACACAUGAAGAAGUAGUGAAAUACAUCAAAGAAGGUAAUGUACUUCAGUGUCCAGAAAAUACGCCAAAAUCAAUGUAUGAACUGAUGAAGUUGUGCUGGAACCGUAAGCCAUCGGCCCGUCCAGGGUUCCGUGCAAUCUACCGGACCUUAGAGGAUGUUCAAGCUGAGGUAGAGCGUGCACAAAAUGUUCGUAUGGGCCCUUACCCUCAUGGUGUGAAUGUGUGACUUUGUGGUGUAAUCUUGCAUGUUUAUGUUCUUUUCUUUAUGUGUGUGUGAUUCCUAUUUUUACAUUCACCUGUGGUUAUCUCUAGUCAGUUCUCAUUUAUCUACACAUAUUAUUAUAAUAGAUUGCUUUAGUUGCUCUUUCAGGUGUUUAGCAUUUGAGGAUGUAUUCACCAAUGCAUUCAUCUUAUUGUAUACAGGUUUUACAAUUAAUGUAGUACCAUGUUACAUAAUUGUCUUCACAGGCAGUCAUGUGGAAGUUACAGCAUUUCCCCUCAAGGUAUUAUGCAUAAGUUUAUUCAGGCAACUCUCCUUUCUAGCCAUGAAAUGUCCUGUGCAUAUAGUAGGUGAGAAACGAAAGAGCACUUACCAGAUCUAGAAUCCACAUAAAUUCUGACAGAACAAGUGCAGCCUGAAGAGAUCUCCUGGAAACUAAAUCUGUUUCCAUCCUCAUAUGUAAGGGUGGAAGGCAUCUACUGUGUUGUAUCCAUUAGAAAGACCUAACUUCAGUCACUGAUUCCAUGACCGAGGUUAGCUCUUUGUAAAGGUGAGUGACAUCUGCUCUGUUCUGAUCCUUAAUAUAUGUGGUGCAAUCCAAAAGUUCCCAAAAUAUAUUAAUAAAAACUAUUACGUCUUACCUAGAUCUUAUUCUGCACCUCACCUUCAAAGUAGUCCCCUUAGGAGCACAUACACCGAUCACAGGGUUUCUGCCACUUUUCAAAUGCAUCCUGGAAGUCUUUCUUUGUUAGGGUGUUUAGUACCGUCUGCAUUUCUGC